GUUGCUUCAGUGUUUCUUCCCAUUUGAUGAUUCCUCCUCUGAUGAGACCUCUUCCGAUGAUCCUUCAUUAUUGGUUUCAUCAUCCUCCUCUGACGAUUCUUGUUGUGGAGAAAUUUCAAUUUCGCAUACAGGACAAAUGUUAGGUUCUUCGGGAUUAAGAGAUAAUAUAUUUCGAGCCUUUGGCUCAUAUCAGAUGGAAUAG